GACCACCACAGGGCCAUAGCCCUCAGCUUGCAAGACACACGACCGUCGAGCAUGGGCACGCGGGAUGUGAUCAACGUGGACGACGACUCUGACGACGAAUUUCAAGCUCAGCUGGCUCAGGCCCUCAAGUUGUCUGCAGCACAGCAACCUGCACCGUCAGCCGCCACGACCGAACCGCAGGACAUAGCCGAUAUCAAGGAAAACGCACCACCUGCGACCACCACUAGCUUCUUGUCCGAUCGUGCCCAGCUGGAGAAGGAGCGUCUUGCCCGGCAAAAGCGUCUUCGCGGCGACGUUAACGCCGGUAGCAAUGAUAACAAUGACGAUGAUGAAGACGACGAGGACCGAGGACCCACAGCGAAGAGGCGCGCGAUCGAGUUCCCUCCGUCAAGUAAACGCCGCGUCCGUGUUGACCCAGCUCUCUCCAGCGCAUCCGGUCCUUCGACAUCAUCACGGACGACAGAAAUGGAGCCCAUGUUCUGGAAUGGGGAAAUACGGCAGACGGCGAAUGCUCACGUUGACCCAAGGAAGGAUACGAAGCCUACCUUCCGGCUCACCGAGAUUAUCGGGAAGAAAUCGGACGUCAAGUUUGCGAUAAUAGCCGGAUAUUGCAUCGAUUGGGCGUGGUUAUAUCAUUUCUUCGAGCCGUCGACACCUGUAGUGGUCGUCGCUCAACCCGACACAACCGGAGCCAGGAGUGUAAAGGAGGUCCUCCCGAACUGGAUACGCACCACGCCACCUCUACGGGGCGGCAGGGGCUGCAUGCAUAUGAAGUUCAUGCUGCUAUUCUAUAGGACCGGCAGACUGCGCGUUGUCAUUUCCACGGCCAACUUUAUAGACUACGAUUGGCGAGACAUCGAGAACACGGUGUGGGUGCAAGAUGUGCCCCUCCGCCAGACGCCGAUAAGGUACGACCACAAAGCGACCGACUUCCCCGCGACAUUCGAACGGGUAUUCAAAGCGCUCAACGUCGAGGCCGCCCUUCAAGCUCUGACGAUUAACGACCACCCGGACAUACCGCUCCCGUCCGUCACCGACCUUAGGACGAAGUGGGACUUUUCGAAGGUGAAGGCGCACCUCGUCGCGUCCGUCGCGGGCAAGCACGAGGGCUGGCCGGAGGUGAUCCGCAACGGACACACCGCACUCAUGAAGGCCGUGCGCGAUAUGGGCGCACGCGCGGGUAAGGGAAGGGAAGUCGAGUUGGAGUGCCAGGGCUCGAGUAUAGGAACGUACUCGACGCAAUGGAUGAACGAGUUCCACUACUCCUGCCGGGGCGAGUCUGCUGAGGACUGGCUGGAUCAGCCGAAGACCAGGCGGGCUAAGCUACCUUGGCCACCGGUGAAGAUCGUGUUCCCGUCGUUGGCUACGGUCCAAGCUAGCAGGCUCGGUGAAAAGGGAGGCGGAACGAUCUUCUGCCGGUCCAAUCAAUGGCAGGCGGAGAAGUUCCCCCGAGAGCUGUUCCACGAUUCGAGGAGCAAGCGCGGGCCUGUGUUGAUGCACUCUAAGAUGGUGCUCGCCACUUUCAGGCCGAAGGGAGGGCAGUCGACGCUGGUGGACUCGGACUCGGAGACGGAAUCCGAGACCGAGUCUGAGAGCGAUGAAGAGGUGAAGAUCGUUGAGCCGAAGGAACGCAAGAAGAAGCUUGUCGGUUGGAUUUAUGUGGGGUCGCAUAACUUUACGCCAUCCGCGUGGGGCAACCUGUCCGGGUCUGCCUUCGGCCCGAUCAUGAACAUCACCAAUUACGAGAUCGGCAUAGUCCUACCUUUGACGAGCGGCAAGGAGGCAGAUGCGAUUGCGUGUUGGGAGCGACCGCCAAGGAAGUAUGUGCCUGGUAAGGACGUGCCCUGGGUACGUAACCUGCUCGAAUAG